AUGCGUCGCGCGCGCUCCUUCGCCGCCGUGUUCGACCUCCCGUCGUCGACGGAGACGCCGUUGGAUUGGCGAACGAUCGUCACCGCGCAGUGCUUCGCGAUGUGCUCGAUCGCGUCGACGACGGCGGUGUACGCGAUCGGGUUCUUCAUGGCGCGGCGGUUCGACGAAAAGGCGUCCGAAUCCGAACUGGCGUUCCGCGCGGGCGCGCUCGCGGCGGCGAAACCGAUGGCGAGCGCGCUCAGUGCGUAUCCCUGGGGACGCCUGGGCGACGCGUGGUCGUUCGAGGGGGCGAUCGCGUGCACGGCGGUGGCGCACGCGAUGGCGACGCUGGGAUUCGCGACGGCGGGCGACACGGCUGGGGCGUUCGCGUGGCGGCUCGCGCAGGGAGCGGUGGACGGGAUGGCGGUGCUGCAGAAACCGGCGCUGGCGUUGGUGAGCGAUGGGACGAACGCGGCGCGGGCGUUCGCGACGACUGGGGUGGCGUACGGGGUGGCGAGCGCGUUUAGCCCGGCGUUGGCGGCGGCGCUCGCCGAGCCGUGUGAAAAUUGGGCCGUGUACAAGGACGACGCGACAAAGUGCCCGGGGUUUUUGAAGGCGCGUCCGUUCUUCCUGGCCAACGCGUGGGUGAGCGCGAUGUGUCUGGUGCCUCUGGCGAUGUGGUUCGUCGGGUGGAUGGAAAUCGACAAGCAUCGAGAAGUCGAAAACGGCGAGGUGGAAGAGGGCGUCGUCGCCGAGCUCGCGCUCUUAUCCUCGGACGAGACGACGGAGAAAGGUUCGUCGGAGGUUGGGUCCGUGGCGACGGUGUCGAAGGGCGAGUCACCGUGGUGGCGCGACGCAAACGUCCGAGCGGCCAUCGUGAGUCAAGUCGGGUGUACCUUUGUCGUGUUGACGGGAGCAGAGAUGACGCCGGUGUGGAUGGCGACGUCUUACGACAACGGUGGACUCAGUUUCUCCUCGGUCGAAAUCGGCGCGUUCGGUAGCCUCAUGGGUGUCGCCAUCCUGAGCUUUCAAGUGUUCCUGUUCACCCGCUUGACGCGCAAAUACGGCAUCGUUUCGCUGUUGACUAAAGCGCUCUUGGUGAACGCCGUGACGUUUCCACUGCAUCCGAUCGCGCACUUGGCGUUGAAAAAGUCCAAGGAAGUGGCGUGGAUGAUUAUCGUCGUGCUCGGCAUCGCGCGAGGGAUGAGUGGACCCAUCAUCAUGGGUGGAAGCUCGCUCAUCUUAAACAACGCGUCGCCGCGUAAAACUCUAGGGGCGGUCAAUGGGUUCAGCGGCAUGUUUGGAAACUUUGGGCGAGGCGUAGCGCCGCUCAUCGGAGGCGCUUUGAUCGCCAUGAUGGUUUCCAUGGGUCCGAAUACGUUCGGUAGAGACUUUUGGCCAUUUAUCGCGAUCGGAAUUGGAUUCUGCUCGCUGACGAUUCUUUCCCGGCGCCUGUCGCCGGAUCUCAACCGUCCUCGAGACGAGAAGCGUAGGAUGCGCACGGACAGUCGGCGCGAUUCCGCGUCGGAGGGUGAUUUGAGUGAGCUGUAG